AUGGGUCUUUCUUCUUCUUGCGAUGGUUAUAACUGGGGGAAAUACGGUAAAAGGAAGGUUAAAAGAGGUGAAAAUGUAAGAAUUUAUUAUAAAUGCAAACAUCUAUAUUGCCCUGCUAUUAAGAAGGUUGAACAAUCAAUCAAAGACGGUCAGGUAGACGUAAUUGUGUAUAAAGGUAGACAUAACCAUAUCAAACUUCAGAUUAAAAGACUCAGUUCAUCAGAACAGGGAGGAUUUGAUGAGGUUAAUAGUCAUCAAUUCAAGAACAAUCAAACAGAAGAAUCCGAUCUCAAGAACAACAACAAGAGAAGGAAAUUGGAGGAGAUUCAGUUAAAUGAAGUGAUUGUUAAAGAUUCGAUUGAUCUUGAUCUUCUUGGUAAUGAAUUUCGAUGGAGAAAAUAUGGACAGAAAAUUAUCGAGGGAAAUCCAUAUCCAAGGAUUUAUUAUAGGUGUGUUAAUCUCAAGUGCAAUAUGCGAAAAUAUGUUGAAAGAUCAUCGGAUGAUCCAACUAAUUUCAUGACCAUGUAUGAAGGAAAUCACAACCACUAUGAUCAACCGCCAUUGAAAAGCACCAAGUCAAUUUGA